AUGAACAUUAAUGCAGGUACCCCAGAUAUGUUGCCAACAAAGCCAGAAUUGAAAUUCAAAUACUUGUUAAAAUCUUUAUUUGCUGCAUUGGGGAAGAAUUUCCCAGUAACAUUAUUUUUUGAUGAUUUCCAAUGGUUUUCAGUUUCAGAUUUAGAUUUAUGGAGAGAAGUUAAUGCAUUGAUUGCAAAAGACGGAUUAGAUUCAAGAAUUGUAUUAUUAGCAACUUUUGAUACUUCAUUAGGUGGCAAUUUACAAAAAUUUAAAAGAAAUAUUGAUUUUGAAUUUCGUGAAUUUCAAAUGCCAAAUCUAUCAUUAGAACCUUUUGUGGAAUAUACCAGAGAAUUUAUGAUCCCAGGUCAUUUGAAUCUACAAGAAAAUAUUGAACGAAAUGAAAAAAGUAUAGAUAUUCAAGUUCAAUCUGUUUCAAAAUUCUUGUUUGAAAAAUCUAAAGGUAAUGCAUUAACUUCACUUUUGAUAAUUCAACAUUUACACUUGAACAAUUUAAUCAAAUAUGAUUCAACAUCAAAUAUUAUACCCACUUGGAAUGUUGACUUUGACAAAAUUCAGAAUAUACCAUCAACAAAUGAUGAUCUUUAUCAAGCAAGAUUGGAUCAAUUUUUCAAUGAGGAAGAUAUUGAAGUUUUCAAAUACAUUGCCUGUAUUUUCAACAAGACAAGCUUUUCAUUAUAUGAUUUAUCAAUUGUUUCUAAAAAUUCUCAUCAAACAGUGGCCAAAGUUUUAUCAAAAGCUAUUGAAUACAAUUUGAUCUAUCCAAUCAAUAUUUUUUACAAAUUCCCCUUCCAUCUUGAAAAAGAAGUUUUACCUUUUGAAAUUGAUGAUAUGGAUAUGAAAGAUAUGUCAAAACUUGCAUUAUUUGCACCAAUUCAUGAUUCUUUCCAUAUGUUUUUACAAGAGAAAGUUAUGC